AGCCGGAGCCGAACAACUGUGGCCUUAUAAAAACGACUGAAAGCACCGACAAGGACGCACGUUUCAAGGUGAAAGACUGAAUAAACUGCAGGCGAGCUUGGAUGUAGAUUUCUGCCCCGGAGACUUGCACUGCGAGGCGACGGCAGAAAGGCUUCCUCAGCUUCUCAAAGUGGCAUGUUAAAGCUGUCUGGAGCAACGCGUCAGCUGCACUGAGACGACAACAUGGAGGUGACAGCCCUGCUCAUCAUCUGCUCCUGUCUGAUGUUGGAGAGUUUGGGGAAACCACAAUUCCCUGAACAUGAGAAAGAUCCCAAGUUUUGGAAUACGUGGGCCCAGCGGACCCUGAAGAACGCGCUGACGCUGCAAAGUCUCAAUACGAACAGAGCAAAGAAUAUCAUCCUGUUCCUUGGAGAUGGGAUGGGCGUUCCCACGGUGACGGCUGCUCGAAUACUGAAGGGUCAGAUGAGCGGACAGAGUGGAGAGGAGACGCAGCUGGAGAUGGACAAGUUCCCUUUUGUGUCUUUGGCCAAGACAUACAACACUAACGCCCAGGUGCCAGACAGCGCCGGCACCGCCACAGCUUACCUCUGCGGGGUCAAGGCCAACGAGGGCACGGUGGGAGUGAGUGCAGCUGCUGUCCGAUCCCAGUGUAACACCACAGAGGGCAAUGAGGUCACCUCCAUCCUCAAAUGGGCUAAGGAAGCAGGCAAGUCAGUGGGAAUAGUGACGACGACCCGUGUCAACCAUGCAACGCCCAGUGCUGCUUACGCCCACAGCGUGGACAGAGACUGGUACUCCGACAAUGAGAUGCCAGCUGAAGCGCUGAGGGACGGCUGCAGGGAUAUCGCCAGACAGCUCUUUGAAAACAUUCCCAACAUUGAUGUGAUUCUGGGCGGAGGGAGGAAGUAUAUGUACCCCAAAAACACAUCAGAUGUAGAGUACCCCAACAUGGCAAAGCACAGCGGCACAAGAAAAGACGGGAGGAACCUGGUGCAGGAGUGGACUGACAGAAUGAAGGAUAAAAGAGGCCAUUAUGUAUGGAACAAGAAGCAGCUCUUAUCACUGAACCCUAACCACGUGGAUUACUUAUUGGGUCUCUUUGAACCUGCGGACCUGACGUAUGACUUGGAGAGGAACACUGAGACUGAUCCCUCGCUGACAGAGAUGGUGGAGGUGGCCAUCAAGAUCCUGAGGAAAAACCCAAAUGGAUUUUAUCUGCUUGUAGAGGGAGGACGUAUUGAUCACGGACACCAUGAGGGCAAAGCCAAGCAGGCUCUGCAUGAAGCAGUGGAAAUGGACAGAGCCAUCGGCCGGGCGGAUCUCAUGACCAGCAUCCACGACACACUGACUGUAGUUACUGCUGAUCAUUCUCACGUGUUCAACUUUGGAGGCUACACAGCCAGAGGAAACACAAUAUUUGGUCUCGCCCCAAUGUUGAGUGAUGUUGACCAGAAGCCCUUCACCGCCAUCGUUUAUGGGAACGGACCAGGUUACAAAAUUGUAAACGGCGUGAGGGAAAAUAUCACAUCUGUUGACUACCAGGAAAACAACUACCAGGCCCAGGCGGCUGUACCUCUGACCAUGGAGACUCACGGAGGGGAGGAUGUGGCUGUGUUUGCUAAAGGUCCCCUGGCUCACCUGCUUCAUGGGGUCCACGAGCAGAACUACAUCCCCCACGUGAUGGCGUAUGCAGCCUGUAUCGGCCAGAACAGAGAACACUGUUUGACACGCGAUGGAUCUGCCGAAUUACGCCCCGUCCUCUCUACUAUCACAGCUCUUCUCACAGUCACUCGCUUCCUGUGUUGACCUUCCCCCUGAUAGUCCUCGUCCUGUGAAUAACAACGUUUUAACCACUCCCACAUUUUAAAGGUUUCAAUUUUUUGUUGUUUUUAAAUUUUCUAAUUUCACUUUUUUGAUCAUGGGACCACUGUUCGGGCUUUUUUUGUGUUAUUGACAAAUGUAUACAUAUAUCAGUUUUAGUAUUUUCAGGAAAAUAUGUAAAUCGUGGCAGAAUAAAUCAAUCACCCCCCUGACGCACUGAAACGAAGGUGUUGCAGAAAUCACCGCAGAAUCAGAGAUCUCAGUUGUGAUUUGUCUAUUAAAUAGUUUUUAUUAAGGGUUUCAGGACCCAUUAAGCCUCUGUGUUAAAUGUAAACCUUUUGAGUUUAAAAAGAUAGAUUGGAUUUUCAAAAUGUUUGAAUAUGUUUAAUAUUUUAAAUGUGCAGUUAACUGAAUCUACCUCAUAAGCUUGCAAAAGAUCUCUCAUGUAAUCGUGGUGCAUUGAGAGGGACACAUUUUGAUGGACAAAAUUCAUGCAGAAACCAGAAAGAAUUGAAUGUAUAAUUGACAAAAGAGUAAAAUAUAUACAUUUCAUCUCAUACACCUCGUGCAAACUUUCAGAAAGCGCUGAAAAAGCCCACCUACCAUUGUUGUGUCUAAUAACAGAAGUUGUAAAACCUUAUAAUCAAUAAAAGAAAUGUGUUCUGUU